GCUAUAUGUGGCACCUGAACUAAAAUGAGCUUGACUCCCCCUGAUCUAAGUAAUAAUUUCAGCCCAGUUUGUCUCACUGGGACCCCUGCACAGCCAGGGUUGGGGCCAGUAGCUAACACAAAUAAAACAUCUAUUCCAGUGCUGAAACUUUAAUGUAGCUCCCCCCUGCAGAGCAGCUCACAGCAGGUUUUAAAUGUUGUAGGUCUCCAUAAACACAGUGCAUAGAAACAUCCUGCAGAGAUCAUUUCUACGGUCAGGAACACUGCCUUGAAGCACUGGCUUCUCAGAACACCUUAAGAACAGAUUAAGAGCUUUCAAUUACCCUGAAACCCUGGAAACUGAACAUGGAGAGAGAAUAACUCUACAACAAUUAUACUACCAACACAACAGUUCCCAAUGGCAACCAAAGAAAAACAGUGGUGGGAUCCGUAUGAAACAUCUCAGAGGAGAGAUUUUACCUACCGACCUAAUUCAUCUGCCGAGCUCCUGCUGUGUCCCACGUCAACAUCAUUUAUAGACUCCUUUUCACAAUCUAGACCUUUUGGCUCAUCUGUGUACCAUGAGGAUUUCAACUGGAAGCCAGCCUGUAAACCUGAAUGCAUCCGCACAGGGACAGCCUCAGGACAAAGGAGAAACAACCCACAUCCAAGUAAGUCUUUUAUGAUGUGGAGGCUGCCAAGGGAUGCAACCAGAAGCUCGGAGUAUGUCAGUUUCCCUUGGAAAUGUUCCCCGUCUGAGGGGGAGAUUUGUAAGGCUUUGACAGCACAGUACCGCUCCACCUACAGAUGUGACUUCAUGGGUAUGCCUCAAGAAAAACGACUGGUGCCUCCGUGCAGCAGACGUCGAGUGCCGACCUCUACGGACACAGAGAUGAGGGACAGUUACCGUCAACCAAAGCAAAGACCUGAAGUGAAUCACUGUCAUUAUAGCUGCAACAUGAAUCGUAGAACAGCAUGCCGUGGCAUAGUUCCCUCUGUUGUGCAAAGACACGUCCUGACUCAGCAGAAAGACUCAGAUCUGACAACCUACGACAGGUUUUGUGGAAACAGGGCUGCUAAUGUUUCAAAUCUGAUAAAAUCUCCGUUACCCCAAGAACUGCAGCAUAUGCAGAGAAUUUUACCUGAGCAGGAGAAAGAAGCCGUAAAACCAGCGUUGAUAAGAGGAAGUAAUCCCAACAGCAGGAACAAGGAAUUUGAAACAAGUGGCUUCAGAUCCAUCGAUGUGAAGAUGUUUAGCUGUGUAAUAAAAAGGUGCCUUGGAUUGCCAAAUGCAAGUGAUAUGCAAAUUAAAGGGUUAUUUAAGAAGAUUGAUUAUUCAGACCAAGGAAGGAUUUCAUGGAGUGACUUCUGCACACACAUGCUGCAGGAGCACAAAGAGAUGGAGGAAACUGUCAGACGCAGUAAGCAGGUGGCUUUCACUCUGCCGGCUACUAUGAAAGCAUUGUGUCAUGGCGUUCCAGUUGUAAACAUCCAUUCCACGCAUGAUGGCACCAUUAUAACAGUGUGUGAAGAUGGAGCUGUUUGCUACUGGAGUCCUGAGCUUAAACCCCAGAAGACAAAACACAUGUUUAUUGAAGGACCUGCAAAUAGGAAGUCAAAAUGGGCAAGUGAUUUUACUGUGAUGACUGAGAACAACAAGCUGCUGAUUGGCACAGGUGACAGAGAGAUCCAACUUUAUGAGCUUUCCACGCUGGAGCCUUAUUGCCAAAUCAAUGCGCUAGAAACGGUGCCUCUGACAUUAGACUGUGGCUACACUGAUCCAGAUACUUGUUGUAUUCUGUAUGGAGACACUGAGGGAUGUGUGAAUAUCAUUUUAAUAUCCUCCGUUGGAGAUACCCUCAGAUUGUGGAAUAAAUUACCCAGGACUGAAAAUAUCCCCACUAUAGCAAUUGACAACAUAGUAUUUUGUACAAAUGUGACGUUUGUCCGAUGGAAGGUUCAUCAGGACUGGGUCACACAGGCACGAUAUUUCCAGAGCUUCCGAGCUGUUGUCUCCUCAUCAAAUGAAGACGUCUCCUCUGUUGUCAUAGGCUGUGUGCUGCCCUUAACAGACGCAGAACAGCAGUUAAAUGAGAUCAGAGACGCUUGUUAUGAGGGUAAGAUCAAGAAGAUACAGCUGAAUUGGACCCCGCAACUUAGGGCGUCAAGUGACCAGACAGUUUUUAGCGUCUACAAAGGUGUGAAGACCUUUGACCUCUGUCGAAAGCACAGCUUGUUGGUCACUGGAGGCAUGGACGGACUGGUACGACUGUGGAAUCCAUGUUUUUCUGGGAAACCAAUCGGUAUAUUAAAAGGCCACCCUGCUCCAAUUGUCUACAUCUGCAUCUCCUCGGAGGACAGUCGGAUCUUCUCCGUCUCCAUAGAUGGCACCGUUAAAAUCUGGGAUAUUCAAGAUCAGUGUUGCCUAUUUACGGCAGAUCCAAAAGCAAGUGGGAUUCAUGGUGACAUUUCUGUGUGCUCGUAUUCCCUUGCUAUGAAAUCCCUUUACAUUGCUGCAGACUCUUUGGCUGUGCUCUCUCUUAAGAUAAGGCCACGGCUUCACACUCGUCUGACUGUUUCACAUAAUGAGCCUGUGAUGUGCUGUGGCUACAGUGAGGAGUUUCGUCAAGUUGUCAGCUGCACUCAAGGAUCUGUGGUAAGAGUUUGGGAAUUUGACAGCGGACGUCAAGUGUUCGAGUUUGGUGGCACACCUGACCUGUCUGCUAUCACGUGCAUGACCUUUGACCCAAAAGGAAGAAGGCUCAUCACAGGAUCAAGAGACGGCUGUUUAAAGAUCUGGAACUUCAACAGUGGCCAGUGCUUAAAAACACUAAAAAAAGACGGUGAAUAUCAUGAAGUGUGUGACUGCAUUUUCCUGAAAGUACACAGGAAUUCCUAUGUGAUGUCUGUUGGCCGGGACCGGAGGAUUGACAUUUAUUCAGACAUUCCUGAGGAUCUUCAUCAUGUGCAGAGGCCUCAACCAUCGUGGCAGGACGAUCUGAAAAAUGGCCAUAAGGACGACAUCCUUUGCACAGCGCAGUGUCCACCAUCCCUUCUGGCCACUGGCAGCUAUGAUGGAGAGAUUAUAGUGUGGAAUGUGGUCUCUGGGCGUAUACAGUGUCGGUUUGUCAGUCCUCCUCAAGACGGACACCAAAAUGCUGAGGGUUUGGAUACGAGUGUUCCAAGCAUAAUUUUCAUGAAGAACUCCAAACUGCAGCAGAUUUCUGCAGCUAACACACUACUCCUAUCAUCUGGAGCCAAGGGCUUUAUAAAUCUGUGGAGUGUGCUUGGUGGAGGAAAACUUGUGAGAAGCUUCAAAGCUUCUCGAUCCCAACAAAAGAUAACGAAACUGGCCAAGACAGAGAAGGACUCCUUGCUGUACUCUGCUGAUAGAACUGGUUACAUCUAUAUUUACAACAUAAACAAACUAACUCCCAGUCCUGAACAAAAGAAUCCAAGACCUGAGACUUUCUGGCGAGCCCACACCAGCAAAGUAACAGGCCUGCACAUUGUUGACAAUGAUCAAGUGGUGCUGACUUCAUCCACCGACUGCACUGUGCGUCUUUGGAGUGCCCAUGGAGAAUUCAUAGGGACCUUUGGGCAACUAGAGACCUGGAACGUCCACAUCUCCUCUUCCUGGCAGCAUCCUGGAGUCCCCUAUGAGAUUCUAGUUGAUCCUCUGAGUAUGCCAGAUCAUGAAAUCCUGAACAUAAAAACACAUCUUUCUGAUGCUGUCAGCGCUGACAACAUUGAGGCCGACAGAGACAAAAUAAAGGCUCUGUUGUUGUGAAAUUGUCAAGAAUACUAACGAGCUAUCGAACCGCCGUGCUCCGAAAGGCUUUGAUACUGUGGAGCCACAAAAUACCAGUGAAAGACCUGCUUCUCCCAUUCCGGUAUUGAUCCCCUCACAUGCAGCACUGAGGACCUGGAGUCACCUAAAUAAGAUGAAACUGUAUUGAUCACAGUUGGGAAGCUGGGUAAUUCCUGUAUUCAACACUAUGGAAG